ACCCACUGCUGAUACACCAACCAAGAAGAGCCAUGUCGGGGGUACGCAUCAACGAAGUUCUUCCUUUUCUGAUACUUUUUAUUGUGACAAUUGAUGCAGGCGUGUCUAACAAGAAAGCUGAACCAAGUACAGAAUGUCUUGGAGAUUGGGGAAACUACUACAAUGGCAGCUGUUAUCUCGUACUAGAUGUAAAUUAUAACUUAAGGCAGCCCAACAAGGUUGCCAUGGAGAUCUGCGAGGAGAUGGGCACAAAACUGAUGAGUGUAGAGACACGAGAAGAAGUUAAUCAGCUAGGCAUUUAUAUCAAUAAUACUCUUAAGAUUGGUCGCUUCAGGGAAUUCUGGAUUGACAGAUGGUAUGGGGAAAGACUCGAUGGGUAUCCUGAAGAGUGCUUCAUACUUACAAACUGGAAUAAUCGUUUUGGAGACACGUCCAUCUAUUCACAGGGUAGAAAGUCUUGUUCGCAACCACGUAACUGGAUAUGUAAAGGAGACAUCGAUCACGUCAAUGACUAUGUUCAAAUGGAGCAACUAAGGCAGAACAUCAGAGUUCUCUCAAAGCAAAUAAUGUCUCAGAACCUUGCCUUUGAGGAACGUAUCCGCUCAGAGGGAGACUCUGGCUUGAAGCAAGUAAGGCACACAUUAUCUGGCAGUCGGACGUACCACUCUGAAACCCACACCGGAAACAAGAUGGCCGCUAUGCAUGAUCAUUCUAAUAAUAUCAGAACAGUUGGACUAGGUGAGUUUUCUGCAGUUUUGAAUGGAGUUGAGUUUCGCACAAGACACAAUGACUUCAGAAUGAACAUGCCAAGUCGUACAGAUCCAAGCUAUGGUGCUAUGGAAGAUGUCCCAUUUCCACCUGUGCCACCAAGUGUAUUGAAUAAGCCUGAUCUGCAGCAACAGCUGGAUGAGAUGCGUGAAUACUUUCGUGCCUGGGGAAACCAAGACACAAACAUACGUGACUAUAGACCCUACUUCAAACCGGUGCUCUGUUACCUCGAGGGUCAGUGGACAAACACUGGGGAAGAUAUUGAUGAGCCCUUUUAUAGUGAUCGCCACUUCUUGGAUGCCGCCACUUGGAGGGAAUUGGAACAGAAGGUUAGGUUCACCUCAUAUACCGGAAGCAAGAGCUUGAAGGAGAAUUACUCUUACCUCCCAGCUCGUAUACAGAAGCUGUUCAAUGACACCUUCCCUAUCUUCGUCCAGUGGAACUACCGCAUUGCUUGCCACCCAAUUAGCCGAGACAUUCCAUUUAACAGGUUUCGAAUGGUGGAUGAUGUAGCUUCUCGAAUGGCCUUCAAGAAGACAACGGCACAACACGCUAUGACAAGAGCUGCUCGUUUUGAACUGAAUCAGUGGGACGAGAACAAUUGGAGAGACGAUGGUGUGUUUUGGCGGCGAACUGGUUUACUUGAUCAGCUAAUGUCUGAGAUCCCUGGCAGGGACAACUACAUGGCCGAUCUUGUAGAUAAUGCCUUUGGCAUACCCGCUGAGGGGAUGGAAUCUGGAUCUGGACCAAUUAAUGCAGGAUUUUACCACAGAUGGUACAAAACUGCUGUAAACGACGCUAUGGGUGUUGGUGUGCGUUCACGUGGUUAUUCUGAUAGUACCGUAUUUAUGGCAAUGACCAAUCAGUCAAAAGUCGCUUCUAUGGAGCUGGACGACGAAUGUAAUGCACAUCUGGGAGUUGUCACAUGCAAACACUACAGCCAGCGCUGGAGCUACGCCAUUCCUCUUGAAAUUAUCUACCUCACUCCCCUUAACGCGUGGAAUCCUUAUGACCUCGAAUACAAGGGGAAUGCAUGGACCCCCUACGGAAGAAAGGUAGAAGCAGGUGGAAGAAAUGGCGGCACUGCACUUAAUAAGGCGUAUAACGGAACCAACAGCAAGGUGUAUUAUCUUACUCCACAGGAGUUUUUCACUGGAGAUACAAUAGGCAAAGACCCAGCUGAUACUGCAAGGGGUUCUGCUGGUGUCUUGGAUAAGCAAGGCGUGGUCCGAGCUGUUAGAGCAUCGGGGAUGCGAAUAUUCUUUCCAAAUAUUCCCGGUGUUGGAACGUUGCGGCAACGUUGGCCCAUAAUGCCUGUACACGGUGAAGGAAGUGCAGUUUGGAAAGAACUUGAAGCAAUCAAGGACAUUUUAUUCAAUCCACAGAAGUAUCGGCAUAUGUACCCGGAUGGAGGUAAUGUGGUGCCACCUGUUGACGGGGAUCUGACACUACAAGUGGCUUAUACGACAAGUGAUCCACCAGGACCACAUAGUCACAUAGUGACUUUGACCGAACAACAGGCCCAAGAUGUCCGUAAUGGGCAGUCAGUGGUUGCGUUUACAAGUGAAGACAACAGCCACCAGCACCAAAUAACGAUACGCUACCAGACCAACCCAUCGAGCUACUUUAUAGCAAAAUGUGAUGGAGUAGAUACUUGUUGGGACCGUCACGCACCCACGCUUACGGUCGUCUCAGCUUAUGAUACUGCACUUUAAAGGAGACAUCGAACUCAUCUAAGAAUCAAGUAAUUUCACCGACGCUGUUCUGAACUUAGAGAAAUACAACAUGAGUACUCCACCAUGCAUGAUUUGCCAUU